AUGGGCGUCGCCACGAGUAUGACUCGCACAUUUUGUGGCCUACCCUCUAUACGGCUAGACGCACAAUGUAUUUUUCUGCAAACCCCCUGCGGGCGAAAUAAAAACUUUAACGUCAAAAUGUUGCACUUCUUCGCAUAUAUGCGUAGACUGAAAACCCCCCUCAUCUGCCGUCAUUUUUUUGCGAUUUGUUUUAAUCGAUGUCAUUUGAAAAUUAUUGGCGCACAUUCGGCUUUGAACUUCGUCUGCUAUGGCUUCGGAAUAAUCGAAGCACCAACACUAUUUUGCGUUAAGAAUGGGUGUACUACAAAUGCGGCAGGCGCCCUCCAAGACCAACAGAAAGCCGUGGAGUCCGAAGAAGCUAUGACCGCUGGUGUACAACGGAUCGCGUGUCAUAUCACGCCGACUGUUGUGACGGUGAACCCUGCCCACUGUGUGGUGGUGCUCUUCAGGCUUGUCCCAUGGGUGAGUCCACAUGAAAACAAAUCACUUUGGGUUCGUAGCUCCGGGCCCAUCCAGAAAACGCAGAGGCGUGCUUGCUAUCCGGUCCGCAAAGAGGGCGCCUUAUGA